UCAUUAUCAUCGUCGUGGCGCAACUAUAAUUUAAAGAAAACGGACGGAGCAAGGAGAAGACUUUACCGGCUAGUUGCACUCUGAUCUCCUCCCCCAAACCCGACCCGGAAUGGACGCCCUCUCUGCCCACGCCCCGUCCAAGAUCCCCGAAGCGGCGCUGAAGUCCGGCGGACGGAAAAUGCCGCUCCUCGGGUUGGGCACCGCCGCGUCUCCGCCGGUGGCGCCGGAGGCGACGAGGCUGGCCGUCCUGGAGGCGGUGGAGCUGGGCUACAGGCACUUCGACACCGCGGCUCUGUACGGGACGGAGGAGCCGCUCGGCGAGGCCAUAAGCGAAGCCCUCUCGAGGGGGUUGAUCAAAUCGAGAGAGGAGCUCUUCGUCACCUCCAAGCUCUGGUGCAGUGACGCUCACUCGGGGCUUGUCCUCCCUGCUCUCCAGAAAAGCCUCAAAAAUCUCAAGUUGGACUGCGUAGAUCUUUACCUCAUCCACUGGCCCGUGAGCUCGAAACCUGGAACGUACGAGUUCCCGAUCAAGAAGGAAGAAUUUCUACCCAUGGACUUCAAGGCCGUUUGGGCUGACAUGGAGGAGUGCCUAAAGAAAGGACUAACUAAACGUAUCGGAGUCAGCAAUUUCUCUUGUAAAAAGAUCUCGGAAAUUCUGGCUACUGCGCGAGUACCUCCAGCUGUUAAUCAGGUGGAAUUCAAUCCGCUGUGGCAGCAAAAGAAACUUAAAGAGUUCUGCAGAGAACACGAGAUCCUAUUGACUGCUUAUGCUGCUUUAGGCGCUAAAGGAACCAUCUGGGGAAGCAAUAGGGUCAUAGAAUGCGAGCACCUCAAGGAGAUCGCUGAGGCCAAGGGAAAAACUGUUGCGCAGAUUUGCCUGAGAUGGGCAUAUGAGCAAGGAGUGUCUGUACUGGCCAAAAGCUUCAACAAGGAGAGAAUGAAGGAGAACCUCGAGAUUUUCGAGUGGGAGUUGACGGAGGAAGAGAACAAGAAGAUAAGCGAGUUCCCCCAAAGCAGAGGCUGUCUUGGAGAAGAUUACAUCUCGGUGCACGGGCCUUUCAAGACGAUUGAGGAGCUGUGGGAUGGCGAGAUGUGAGCAAUAAAGGCUGGUCAGAACACUUUCUGGGCAGUUCCGAGUAUUGUGAAUGUACCUACCUCUCUUCGUAUGGAAGAAAAGCUGGACAUCACCUGAAUUCUUAGGAUUGAAACCUCACUGUUCGUGAAUGGAUCUGAUCAGGUUUUUGCAGCUUGAUUCCAACCUGAAGAAGUGUGCUUAUUUUGAACUUCAACUGCUUUGAAUCUGAAACGCGUUUCAACAGAUG